AUGUUGCGGACUAUUGUGGUUGUACUCCUGGCGGUGGCGCUGUGUGGCACCACUGCUUCUCCACUGGGGAGUCCCAUUCCAGGGAGCAAGCUCUGGAGGUCUCGUCUGGAUGGCCGGAUCGUCGGCGGUUCCGCAGUCAGUAUCUCACAGUAUCCCUGGCAGCUCUACUUCACAAUAAGCAGCUACUGGUGCGGCGCCUCCGUCAUCAGCAGCAACUGGGCCCUCUCGGCCGCCCACUGCGUGAAAGGCGCCUCCGUCAGCAGCAUGCAGCUGCGGGCCGGCUCUUCGGUCAGGGGUAGCGGCGGCACCGUGCACAGUAUUGCCAACUCUCACAUGCACGAGAGUUACGGCGACAACGACGACUACGACAUCGCCGUCUUGCAAGUGUCCAACGCCUUCAGCUUCGGACCCAACGUACAAGCCGUGGCCCUAGCCUCGUCAGAGCCCCCUGCCGGCACCUCCGCGACAGUGACCGGUUGGGGCGCGACGUCAUCUGGGGACAAUGGCGCCUCUAUACUGCGGGCUGUCACCGUCCAGGUCAUAGACCGCGACGCGUGCGACCGCUCGCUCGGCGGCAUCACCAGCCGCAUGAUCUGUGCAGGAGUGAGCGGAGGCGGCAAGGACGCCUGCCAGGGAGACAGCGGCGGUCCUCUGGUGUCCGGCUCCACCCAGGUGGGCAUCGUCUCCUUUGGCAUCGGCUGCGGUCUGGGGAACUUCCCGGGCGUCUACGCCAACGUCGCCAACCUUCGGUCUUGGAUCAGAUCCACUUCUGGAGUCUAGGAGACUGGCCAUUUGUGUUGCUCAUUCCAUUGUCUGAUACGUCAGCUUGGAUCUCAAGUCCUGGAAAUCUCUUCAGGGGACAUAUUUUACCCUACACAAUAAGCAACAAUAUUCAUUGGUUGGAACCAUGACUUAUCAUUUAUUUGUAAGUGAAAAGUAUGAGUGAUGUGAAAUGUCACGAAAAAAACUGGAUCUACAUUAAGGACCAUUGC